AUGUCCAACGAGCAGACUGAAAGUGUUGCCGAGAACGCAGGCCAGCAGCCGCAGCAGCAGCCGCCGCCUCCGCCGCAACAGCAGCAGCAGCCGGGAGAAAUGAAUGGAAAACCUAAGAAUGAUUCCAAUGCAAGCAGGAAGGAGAGACCUCACAAGCGAGGUGGAGGUGGUCGCUACGAGCCCUAUGGAAACGCAAACAAAAGAUACCGUGUUUUUGUCAGCAACAUCCCAUAUGACGUUAAAUGGCAAGCUCUCAAAGACCUGAUGAAAGAAAAAGUGGGUGAGGUAACGUACGUGGAACACUUAAUGGACGCAGAAGGCAAAUCAAGGGGUUGUGCUGUUGUUGAGUUCAGGACUGAAGAACUAAUGAAGAAAGCAGUGGAGAAGGUCAACAAACACAGCUUUAAUGGACGACCACUGAAGGUGAAAGAGGAUCCUGAUGGUGUGAUUGCUCAGAGGGAAAUCAACAAGGCUCAAGGUGGUCCUCCAGGUGGCCAUGGAGGCAUGGGUGGCAUGGGUGGAAUGGGUGGUAUGGGGGGUAUGGACCGCAUGGGGGGAAUGGGUGGUAUGGACCGCAUGGAUCGCAUGGGACCUGGACCUAAUGGGCCUAUGGUCAGUAUUCCUCCAAGUCUGAUGAACAACCCCAACAUCCCAAAUGAAAUCAUCCAUGGCCUCCAGGCUGGAAGGAUUGGCAGCACAGUUUUUGUCGCAAAUCUCGACUACAAGGUGGGAUGGAAAAAGCUGAAGGAGGUGUUUAGCAUGGCAGGCAUGGUGGUCAGAACUGACAUUCUGGAGGACAAGGAUGGCAAAAGCAGAGGAAUGGGAACUGUAACAUUUGAAAUGCCAAUUGAAGCAGUCCAGGCCGUCUCUAUGUUCAAUGGGCAGCUCUUGUUCAACAGAACCAUGCAUGUCAAACUGGAUGAGAAAUCCCUCCCAAAAGAUUUUGGUCCACCAGAAAGGGGAGCUGCUCUUCCACGUGGCCUAAGCGGGGUUGGUUUGGGCCUGGGACCCGGUGGGCAGCCGAUUGAUGCUACGCAGCUCAACAGAGGUGGUGGUGGUGGUGGUAUGGGCAACAUGGGCCCUGGAGGAAUGGAUGGCAUGAACUUCGGAAACAUGGGAGGUCGCAUGGGGGGAGGAAUGGACAACUUUGGUGGAAUGAACAACAUGGAUCGUUUCGGAUCUUCUGGGAUGGGCAGAAUGAAUGACAUGGAUCGUGGGAUUGGUGGUGGUUUUGACAGGGAAUUUGGGCGAAAUGACAUGUCUCGCAAUAAUUUCGGAGACUCCUUUGAAAGAGGAAUGGGAAAUUCCCUGGGUAUGGACCGGAUGAGCUCGGGAAUGGACCGCCUGGGAGGAAGCAUGGAACGCAUGGGAGGGAUGGACCGGAUGGGCAUGGACAGGAUGGAUCGAGUGUCUGAUCUGGACAGGCUUGGCUCUGGGUUCGACCGGAUGGGCUCGGGCAUGGACAGGCUGGGUCCCAGUAUGGACAGGCUUGGACCCGGCCUGGAUCGUAUGAGCUCCAGCAUGGACUGCCUUGGCCCAGCUGGCUUUGAUCGUCUAACUCCAUCUUCUAUGGAUCGCAUGGGUUCCAGCAUGGACUAUGGUUCGCCAGUGGGUAUGGAUCGCAUGGGCAACACUGGGCUUGACAGAAUGGGCAGCAGUUUUGACCGUAUGGGCUCCACUGGAGGACUUGACCGCUUCCCCUCUGGUGGACUCGAUCGAAUGAGCUCUGGCAUGGACCGGAUGGGCUCAGGAAGCGUUGGUGGUCAGUUUGACCGUUCCGGUGACUUGGAUCGAAGCUUCGGUGGAAAUUCAUUUGGAGGAGCUGGACCUGGAGGGCCUGGGAUUGGUGGAGGCAAUGUGAGGAAAGGAUGCCAGAUUUUUGUCAGAAACUUGCCAUUUGACUUCACCUGGAAGAUGCUGAAGGAUACCUUUAACACAUGUGGUAUGGUCCAGUAUGCUGAUAUUAAGAUGGAGAAUGGCAAGUCCAAGGGCUGUGGUGUGGUCCGCUUCGACAACCCCGAAACUGCUGAGUUCGCCUGUCGUACCAUGAAUGGCUACCGGCUGAAUGGAAGAGAGAUUGAUGUUAGAAUUGAUAGGAAUGCAUAACUUCCUUUUCAGAUCAGGCGUUUUUAAUCCCCACCACCAACCAUUUGGCGUCGUCUGAAGUGUUCUUUACUUUAUUUGGUUAUUUAGAUAUUUGUCACUGUGAAAAUGUUAUCAGUCAACAAUUUGUUACAGUGAACAUGUUGGAAAUGUCUUCUGAAACCUCACAGUUUAGUGACCAAAUGUUUUUUUAGACUUGUCUGAACGUUGAUUGCCUUUGAUCAGUAAUUUGAUUUGAUAAUAAAGCUGAAUAUUUCUG